AUGGGCAAUGCCAUCGCUGACCUUUCCACUUCCCCAUCUUCGCAUCCACCAUCCCAUCAAAACACCAAGACAAUACCUCCUACUCACCGCUACAACACCCUCCCAGAUCGAGACAUCACCUCCACACCGAUCAAGACCAACAUGGGGCAGCUCUUCUCCUGCUUUGCGUGGCUCUUUCGCCGCAACAAGGACGCCGACGACACCGUCGACCUCCAGGACGACACCGCUUUUGCGCAGACAACCGGUCCCCGCGCCAACGCGCUCUUCAGGGUUAGCCGCCGCCCCAACCGCCACCCGUUUGACCCUCAGCGCGACGUCCCUCCCAGCUCCCCUCACGGUAUCACCAAAGUCUGCACCGGCCGCCGUUUUGAUGGAUUCAACCGUGGACGUUAG